AUGGCAUUAAAUAAGUCAUUAAAAACUGGACAUUUAUACUCUGGGAGUGAUGAUGAUAAUUCAAUUAAUGAUAAUAUGGAUAUUGAUGAGAUUCCUUCGUCAAAGACAACAAUUAAAGAAUCUAAAAUAAAGUUUAAGGCGAUAAGUCAGGCUCUUCGCAAAGUUGUUGAUAAUGAUGUUAAACAAGCAGAAAAAUCUUUUAAGGCUCUUUGUGAUGUAAUGCCUCCACAAUUACGUUUAAUUAUGAAUGGUUCUUCUAUUAAAGAAGUAUUCGGUAAUGUCAAUAUGGAAUUCCAACUUACUAAAGAUCAUAAAGAACAAAUGAUGAUGAAUGAAUCCUAUACUUUUGUUUCUCCUCCUUCAACUAUUACAAACAAAGAUAUAAAUUAUACCCGAGAAUCGGAUGUUUUAUUGCAAAAUAAUGUAAAUCAGUUAAAUCAUCUGGAUAACAAUAAUCAAGUUCACAUUGAUGAUGUAAUAAUUGACGAUCAAGUACUCGCUUCUCAUCUUAAUGAACGUACUCAAUCUGAGCAAGACAAAACUAUAGAAUUAACAAAUAACGAAAACUCUUCUACUACUACAAUCUCUUCAAGCAAACGAAAAUCCACUCAACCUAGGAAAUUCAUCAUUGAACAUCAUGAAACUGAGAGCAGGAUAAUUCGCAAUAGAGCUCGUCCUUAUACUAAAAAGAGAAAAGAUGUCGUCUCUAGCGAUGAAUCUGAUAAUAUGCAAGCUGAAGCUUUCAUAUAUUCGGUUGAUAAUCGAAAUCAAACUAAUCAUCAUAAUACUGAUGAGUCUUCAGAUGAUGAUUCAAUUACUUCUUGUAAACCUAUAAAAUUGGCUGUUCCUUCUUCGAUACCUGAAAAUCAAGAUUCUCGUAAACAGAAAGUACGUUCUUCAACUAGAAAAAUUGCAAAACCAAUCGUCCAAAAAGGAAAAAAUUCUAUCGACCCUUCUAUAAAUUCUGAUAAAACCAAUACAUCACAAGGUAGUCUAAAUAAAACAACGAUGAAAGCAGCAAGAAAAUUUGCUGCUCCUGUACCUAAACCUAUUCCGGAAAAACCACAACGACCUUUAGGUUCUUUUGGAUAUUUCCGUAAAGAGAUGUUCGAUAAUCGGGAUUCCCUCUUAGUUGGUCUUCCAUGGAGAGAAUGUAUAAAAAUCGUAGCACAACGUUGGAACUCAUUAAGUGAAGAGGAUAAACAGCCUUAUUGUGAACUUCAACGGAUUGCAAGUAAAAAAUUUAAAGUAGAGAACCGUGUAUACCUUGACUAUUUAAAGGAGCAUGGGCUAGCGGAAGAUAAGAAGAGUAAAGAACCCGAAAAAAUUACUAGAAAACCUACUUAUGAAAGCAGAAAGAAGAAUACCAUAGGUGGUUCUGAAGAAAGGAAGCCACGCAAAGUUAAAACUAAUUCUUUGAAAAAACCAUCGACAGUCUCAGAAUCAAAAACUUCCGUGAAUAAAAAAAUAAAUACUAUUCGAGCUGGUGCUACUCGUAAGGCCGGUGUGACUAAAAUCUUUAUCCCUUUUGUCCAUAAAGACUAA